AUGCCCGCCAGUGACUCGAAGGCCAGCACGCCCGUGACAACGAAACCCCCCCUUCCUGCAGCGAGAGAGUCCUCACCAUCAGUGCGGCCGACGUCGACCGCGCACGAGCCGCAGCAAGCGCCGAGCGGUGCUGAAACGACAACGAUCGAGACCGACGCAAUUCCCUACGACGACUCCGUCAGCGACGCUGGCUACGAGACGGAUGGAGUGUCGCAAGCGACGACGUCCAUCAGCAGCAGCGUGCGCGACUAUAGCUUCGAGAACAGCCGGCGAUACCAUAAGUUCCAGGAGGGAAGAUACCAGUUCCCCAACGACGAGCCGGAACAAGAGAGAGAGGACAUGAAACACGCCAUGAUUGUACAUCUGUGUGACGGCAAGCUGCAUUUCGCGCCUCUGGAGAGUCCGCAACGAAUCCUAGAUGUAGGAACCGGAACGGGAAUAUGGGCCGUUGAUAUGGGAGACGAGUAUCCAGAAGCCGAUGUCUUAGGGAUAGACCUGAGUCCCAUUCAACCGCAGUGGGUGCCACCCAACGUCCGCUUCAUAGUCGACGACGCGGAAGCGGAAUGGGUCUAUCCUCCAGACUCGCUAGACUACGUGCACAUCCGGCACAUGGCAUCCUCGAUCCGCGAUUGGCCAACGUUACUAUCCCGAGCAUACCAUGCUCUGGAACCGGGAGCAUGGAUCGAACUGCAAGAGAUAUGCUUCGAGAUGAAGUGCGACGACGAGACACUACGCACAGACAACCAGGUGGCCGGGUUCUUUGAGAAUGUUAAAAAGGGACUCGCAGCGUUCAAUGUCGACUUGCUGGCGAUGCGGCACAACAAGCAGAAGCUCAUCGAGGCGGGCUUUGUCAACGUCUGGGAGAGGGUCUUCAAGGUUCCGUUGGGCGUGUGGCCUAAGGAUCCCAGGAUGAAGACGAUCGGGUUGUACAAUCGAAGCAUGAUACACGACGCUCUUCAGGGCGUUUCUAUCAAGCCGUUCACGCAUGGUUUGAAAUGGUCGCCGGAAGAGAUCGAGGUCUAUUUGAUUGGCGUAAGGAAGGAUCUGAUGGAUAGCAGCCAGCACGCGUACAUUCCUUUUCAUGUUGUUACGGGUCAGAAACCGGGUUAG